AGUUGGGGUUCCUUGAGGUUUCUGUGUAGGAUUAGGCUCGCCAAUGCAGUUUUGGUGGAUGCGGAACCCCUCACGAGCAGCAGUUCCACGAGAGCAAGCAGAGGAUUGUUGUCGGUUUCGAAGAGGAGAGCAGACAUGGCGGCCCUGACAUCCUCGCUCGCCUCCCUCACGAUCACACCACUCUCAUCAGCUGUCUCGUCGAGGUCCUCCGUGAGCAACAAUGGCGCGUCGUUGCUGAGGAUUGAAUGCUCGUCGCACCCACAGAAGAAGUCGACUGCUGGCCACAACAAGACCAGGCCGAAGAAGAGUAACCCGUAUGACAAGAACAGGCAGGGACCCACCGUGUACAAGAGGCUUCCGAAGCCACCACCCAUCUGGGGUUUCGACACCUCAGACCUCGACCAGGCAGAGGUGGCCUCGGAUGCCUCUGCCUCCGCUUGAAUUCGAUGAAUUCAGUGCGUGAGGUUCAGUAGUUUCAGACGUUUGUAGGAAUUAUUCUCGUUUCUUGUAGCUGCAUUCCUUAUUGAAGAAUUUGCGUUGCAAUUGAUAUUUGUACUCGUGUUGGGUUUUAGCCACUUUGCGUGAUGUAAUGCAUUGUGUCGUCAUGUUGCACUACAGUCGCAGAGAGUUGUUGGUCACUGAGCGGAAAGGAUACUGCCAUUUUGUAGGGCUUCGACACUGGUAUAAUGCAAAAUGACUCAAUUCCUCUUUCGUGUUGCACAA